AUGUCACAAGGGCAAAAGUCUUCAGAUGCUAUUGGUGAGGAAGGCUUCUCUUCCGCCGCGCUUCCUCUCCAUUCAGGGGCGAAUGAGAGUGCGAGAACGGCCACAAGCCACGAUGUUUCGGAGGACCCUCAGACAGUCUAUGGGAAAACGUACACUACGCCAUCGAGCUUUCCCGCAGCAGCAACUGCGGCUGUUCUGCAGCCUUCAGUCCCUCUACCGGUGGACACGCUGCAUGUAAAGGGGGUAACGUGGUCUGCCACUCCGUCCCUAGAGGGGCUGGCGACUAGUUUGUUAACUACAGGUUUCCAGGCGACGCAUUUAGGACGUGCAAUUGAAGUGGUAAAUGCUAUGCUGGACUGGCAGCCGCCUACAAAAGAGGAGCGAAGGAGGCAGAAGGAAUCGAGAAAAGCAGAGAAGGACAGGAGGAAGCAAGUGAGGGAAAUCUUGAGGGAACACGGGCUCCCUACUGAGAUCGAUGGCAGCGGAGGCAGUGAAGACUCCUGCAGCAGUGAAGACUCCUACAGCAGUGAAGAGGAAGAGGAUAUGCCAUCAGAGCAGCAUGGCAAUCAACAGCAGAGCGAGCAGCAGCUGGUGCUUCGGCCGAAGAAGCAGGACCGGUGUUCCAUAUGGCUUAGUUUCACAUCCAACAUGAUUAGCUCUGGGCUGCGUGAGGCGUUCGUAUUCCUUGCGAAGCACAAGAUGAUUGUGGCGGCCGUUACAUCUGCCGGUGGAGUAGAAGAGGAUAUCAUCAAGUGUCUAGGCCCCACAGUAGUCGGAGACUUCGCCCUAAAGGGUAGCGUGCUCAGGAGGAAGGGCUGGAAUCGCAUUGGCAAUUUGAUAGUUCCAAAUGAGAAUUAUUGCAAAUUCGAGGAUUGGUUACAGCCACACCUGGACAGGCUGCUGCAGCGACAGCAGGAGCGUGAAGUGGUUUUAACUCCCUCUGAUAUUACUAGAUACUUAGGGGAAGCUAUAGAGACGCAUCCGAGACAUGAAGAGAGCUUCUUGUACUGGUGCUGGAAAAAUGACAUCCCUGUCUUUUGCCCAGGGCUCACCGACGGGAGUCUCGGAGACAAUAUUUUCUUCCACACGUACCGCAACCCCGGUUUAGUGGUUGAUGUUGCAAAAGAUGUGCGAAGGGCUAACGACUUAGCUGCUGGGAGCCGGUGCAGUGGCCUUCUCAUCCUUGGCGGGGGGUUGCCCAAGCAUCACACAUGUAACGCACAUUUAAUGAAGAACGGCGCAGAGUUCGCUGUCUAUCUAAAUUCAGCAUCCGACUUUGACGGCAGUGAUUCUGGGGCCAGACCUGAUGAGGCUGUUAGCUGGGGCAAGAUUAAAGUCAAUGGAAAUCAUGUGAAGGUCACUGCAGACGCAACACUGACCUUCCCAUUGCUUGUUGCUGCCACCUUUGCCAGGAGACACUUCCAGAAGCAACAGCAGCAACUAAAUUUUUAUCCUGCAGCUAUUUGUCUUGCUGUAGCAGCUACUGUUUACUACGUAAUCAGAAUUAUCUAUGUUGCUGUUCUCCGUCGUGGCGGGGGGGCCAUAGAAAAGCCAGGAGACAACAAAGUGUACAAAUUCCAAGCGAAGCAGCAAGGCGGUGUUGUCUAUUGUGAACAAAGAAGUUGCCAGUGCAGGAUUACGGGAUGCGCAAGCGACCCUGUGUGGAGUUGGUUGACUAAAGCGCUACAAGGUCAAGCAUGA